CAAUAAUGACCUCUUGGGACCCCAUAGCGCUUGAAAAGAGCGUACAGGACUCUCCAUAUGACAAUGAUGCUCAUAACAGAUUGAUAUCUUGUUUACGCGGCCGCUUACAAGACAAUCAACCCGAGGUAUAUGAAGAGCUCGAGAAGGCACGACUCUUGAAAUUGAAGUUUUUUGUACUUUCACAAUCAGAGAUCAAUAAUUGGAUAGAAGAUAUCAAGAGGAUAGAAGAUCACGAGAAUCAGACUAAAAAGAUGUUGGACUUCUACCGCAUAGUUAUCUCUGAUUAUCCUGUGGUAAGAUUUUGGAAACCUUAUCUUGAACUCCAGGUACACUCAAAAUGUUCUGAUGACAUGAUCAAGCAAUCGUUCACUGAUGCUUUACUCCACACCGUACAUGACUAUAAAGACAGCGAUCAAAUUUGGCAUAUUGUACUUGAAUACUUCGAGAAGGUGGAACCAUUCGAAAGUGCUCUUAAACUCCAUCUCAAACGAUUGAGCUAUCCACAUCGAACUCUUCAACAAUCAUUUGAAGAAUUUUCUGCAUUCAUUUCUAGGAAUGAUGCUCCAAACUAUGAGAAACAUGUGGUUACAGGCAACAAACUAUAUAGCAAGAGCUGUAAACUGCAGAGAUACUACGACAUUCACGAGAUUCGUCUUGCUAAACUAAACAAUCCACAAUUGUGGAUUGAAUAUAUAGGACAGGUUGGAAAAUACUCAUCUGACGGUGGUCGUGAAGUCACAACCUUGUUUGAGAGAGCUGUAGCUGCAAGUAUUACUGAUAAUGCGUCUUCAACUUCCCCCUGGAUUUCACUCUGGUUGUCAUUUAUAUAUUUGAUCUAUGACCCCAAGACCAAUUUCACUGCAAUCGAAUCUAUUCUUAGCAAAUUUGUCAGGGUUUAUCCAUAUUCAAGCAAAUCAUAUGCUGAAUAUAUACGGAACUGUCCACUUUUUGAGAAUGGGAAUCAGAAAUUUUUAGUUGCUCGUGAUAGGUUUAAGAAAGUUGAUGUGAUGCAUUCGGAUAAUUACGAUGACUGGAAGAUUCUUGCUCUCUCAGUACUUUCAUAUGAAAUUUCCGAAGCCCGCAGCGGUGGUGAAGAUGAAGAUAACCUAGACAUUGUAGACAUUCUUUACGAAGAUGCGACUGAAUUUGUCGAAUUUGCCACCAAUGCUAACAAUGACGCAUUCCAUACAAUUGAGAAACUUACUAUAUCUAUUUUUGAAGAGUUGGGUGAUUUAGAAAACGCUCGAAUUGUUGUGGGGAAAAUCCUUCAAAAGUUCUCAGAUCAGAGUGAAGUGUGGUUAUACCUGUGUGAAUUCGAGAAACGCCAUGGAGCAGAUCCCCAUACCAUUUUGAAGAUCCUAGAAUCUGCGGUUGAUAAUGCUGUUAACUUAGAUUGGCCCGAACGUAUUAUUCAAGAAUGGUUAGUGGCGCAACAAAUAUAUACUGGAUUAGACGAGUAUAAAGCCAGUCUUUUGAAGGCAAACACAGCUAUUACGUUGGUAAAUGUGAAACGGUUACACAAUGCUAAAAGACGGCGAGAUCAAGAUGAUGAAGAAGAAGAAAUAGAACAAAUGAAAGAAGUCGUAAAGAACGAGGAAGACAAAAUGGAGGAAGAAGAAGCCCAUUCGAAGAGACAAAAACUUGAUAUACAAACUCCAGAUGAUAACUUGGAAGAGAAACAAGAUAAAACUAAAAAUGUUGAGACGAUUGGCUCUCAUAGAAAUAGAGAAAAAUUCACAAUAAGAGUUUCAAAUCUUCCUCAAGAGAUUACCGAGAAGACUUUGAUAGAGUUUUUCAAAGAAUGUGGACAACCAAAGGAAAUUAAAAUUAUUCAAGAAUCUGACAGGCCACCACAAGCAACGGUCGAGUUUUCAAAUCAACAAGAGGUUUUUGCUGCAAUUACAAGAGAUAUGAAAAAGAUUGGAGAAAAUGAAGUUCGUGUAACUCAAGCAGAGACAGCUACUGUUUGGGUCACGAAUUUCCCACCAGGAAUGACGCAUGAAGAGAUAAAGGAGUACUUUAGUGGAGCAGGUCAAAUAGUUGGCGCAAGGUUCCCGUCAUUAAAAUUCAAUCAGAACCGUAGGUUCUGUUAUAUUGAAUAUACUGGAUCUGAAAUUGCUAAGCAAGCGGUUCUGAAGUUUAAUGGCCAAGAACUCAAUGAAUCGGGUAAAGUCUACCAUCUCGUAGUGAAAAUUUCACGCCCUGAGGUCAAGCAAGAUAGAAGAAUUAAUGCAGCAGAUGAAGGGCGAGAAAUAUUUAUCCAGAAUUUAGAUUUCAAAAAAGUCUCGCUGAAUGUCUUGGAAGAAUUAUUUGCCAAAUUUGGAGAAAUUGAAAAAGUUUCUCUCCCAGCAGGAAAAGGAAAUGGACAGUUGAAUAACGGAUAUGGAUUUGUUACUUUCAAAUCAAAUGUUAGUGCCAAUAAUGCAAUCCAGGCUGAUGGAUCUAAAGUCGAAGGUCGACCAAUAAAAGUCUCUAUUGCCCAAUCCGUGAAACAGCGUGGAAUCACGACUACCAAUAAGAAUAUUAACACUAUUAGUAUAUUGAAUCUUGACGACACAGUCAAUUCUGAACAAAUAAAGAAAUUUGCCAGCAAGGUUGGGCCAGUAAAAUCCGUGGAUUUGCACCCAGGUAUUGGUGCUUUGGUCGAAUACGAGAAUGUAACUGAUUCUGGAAGAGCAUCCAUGGUUUUAAGUGGAGAAGUAUUUGAAGGAAAUAUUGUAGAAAUUGGCACUACAGAUGAUUUAAAACGGAAAGUGGUGGGUGCAAAAGCAAAUACUAAGGAAAAGCCCAAGCUUAUGGUACCGGCAUCAGUUGCUAGAAGAAGAAAAAGAGUAUUAUGAUGUUUUGAUAGAAUCGAAUAUAAAUAGAUAAAUAUAAGAAUUAUACUCU